GACCCAGGGAAACGGGGCCGGCCGGCCGCGUCGCUCCGGAUCCUUGGCGUUCGACGCGUCUUCAGCACGGAGCUGACGAGGUGAAAGACGGAAAGAGAAGGAGCCUUUGGAAGCUGGAACUGUGGCUGCCUUCUUAACAAUUUUCAUAAGCAAAGGUGCAAUGUGCCUUCUGCUCGGGACCCAGUGGUAAAGCUUUUCUAGGAAAAAACAAACCAACAAGCAAGCAAGCUGAAAGCCUCCGGAGACCACAUAAGUCCCUAGAGCAGGAUUUCGAGAUUUUUUUCAUCCCCUGAUAGCAGCAAGGUGUGGGACCCAGGACAUUAUUUGAAAACGUGACAGCGACUGAAAUCAAACCUGAAUUGGCCCAGUUGUUUCUGUUGUCGGGGGAAACUUGUCAGCAUGAAACAGCAGGGAGAGGUUCUUUUUUUGGAAAGUCUUGUCCUGUUUCUGCAGCUUUCCAGUUGCUCUGUUUGACCGCCACAUCUUUGAGCGGUGCCUGUGGAUGCAGAGAGCACCUGGUAAUGGAGAGCUGCUGCUUCUGCAGCAUGCAGAGUCGCUUCUUAGGAGACAUGCAGGUUUUUCUUCAAAACGAACAGCGAUCUGCAGCAUGCAUUCAAGACAGUAGCUCCAAUAACCUUUGUUAGUACCACAAUAUCUCUUUAAAUGUGCUUGCCAUUACCAAUAAUCUGGUUACUGUAAUUGCGAAAGCCAUUAAGGCUCUAUGGAGUAUGAAAGGAAAAAAAUCUAUGCAAUUAUCAGCUCCCAAAUUGAGUUAAAAUCUUAUAAUAAAUUACAGCGAAGGCUACUUUCUACCAUGAUUAUCAGAGCUGCAUUUAAUUCUCUGCAGCUCCAAGCUAUAUGUGCUUCAGGGGAGAAACUCAAUUAAAAAAAGACCUCUUUCAUUUUAAUUGCUAGACUAAUGAAAUUGCCCUCACCUGUAGCAUCCCCAUGUGCAUGUCUAGAUCUUCUGAUUUGUGCCCAGGUUCUGUUCUCUGCUUGUGUCAUCCAUGUGUACUUACACUUUUGAAUGAAUACAUAUGGAUGAUAUAGACAUAAGUGGAGAACAUGUGCACACAUGUGCACAUGCAUCCCACCCACGAUGGUGAAUAAGGAAAUUGGUGCAAAUCACACUUUUCUUUCUUGGAAAAAAACAGUUACAAUAGUCCUGCGAAAUAGUUACACUAAGGCAGCUACAUCGGGCAAAGGGCAGGUUACAGGCGGCGAUGUGGACCAGAGGUGCUUUCAGCUCCCAAUGCGGCAGGGCCCUGAGGCUGGCUGGAUCUGAUUUCCUAUCUUAUAAGGGCAAUUUUUGGCUCAUAAAGUCGAGCCCCUGAAGUUACUAGAGGGAACGACCUUGUGUCAUACAUCAGGGUGUAUCCUCUUGCAGCCCUGGCCCUGCUAGGCAAUAAGAACAAGGAAAUAAAGGCGAGGGCGAAUGCUUCCUGCGCUGGAGCCACCGUGGUACUUUAUGCUGGGUGUGGCCCCAUAAUACAGUCCUGCUAUUGCUAGUAACAGGCCAUAAGCUUUGUACUGAAUUUGCAAGGCCUCAGGACUGAGGCUUGUCAGACCUGCUCUGUCCUGACCUGCCUGCAGCUUAGUUUUACUUGGCUUAGCUGUGCCAGCAAUCUCUCUGCCUGACCGGGUGUCCGUGGCUAAUUUGUUUUACUUUUGUACAACCACCGUUUGAUACCGAUAGCAGUGGCAAGCAGUUAUCCUGUGUAGAAUGAGGUAUUUAUGAGUAAUGCAAUGAUUUAGGGUAGAGAAGUACAAGCCUGGUACAGGAGCAGAGGCAUGGAGAAGUGGAGACACAAGACGUGGCGUAGAGGAGCACAGGCACAGGGUGAUCAGAGGCUGGGCACCGGCUGGCACUGGAGACCCCACGGCUAUAGACACCUCAUUAGUGGUCAGUUAAAGAAAUGCAGACCUGGAGCUGGACAAAACUGUUUGAAGGGGUAACAAAGAGAACAAAGAAGUAAUAUCUAACAAAUGUUACAGCCUCCAUAAAUAGUAAAUUUUGAUGUAACCUGGAGCUGUAGACCAAUGAAGAAAAAGCAAGGCGUAGAAGCGUGUUAGCAAACACACAAAAAUGACCCCAAGUAGCUCCCGGAGAAAGGAAGAAGAAACCAUCAAUGUGAACAUCAUUCCUCCCAGUGAAGGACUCCAGAUGCCAACAUCUUACCAUAACAACCCCAACACCAGAGUGAAACCACCGACCUCAGGACCCAGAGGAGCACCGUAAGGCUGAAAGUCCAAUUUUCGAAAGAGGUGGAGCUGGCUGUUUAAUUUUCUUCACAUAUGGACUCAUCUAAGGAGUCAUCUCUGCCUGAUCUUCUAGACACCCAAAAGUCACUGUUGGCCAGAAAUUUCCCAACGCGCCUCUGAACGAAGAGGAGAAACAGCCCCAGACCAAGUGGACUUGCCUGCCUCUCACCUGCCGAGUGCUUUAAUCAGGAGGCCUGAUCCUGCCCCCUGCUUGGCUAGCGUCUCUGGCACUGUGGUUCCUGGGUGCCAGCACUGAAGAUAUGCCCAUACAGCUAAAUAAGAGCCCAGAAGCAAACUCCAGCCCUGUGCUACCGCUCUCCUGUGCAGCUUAACUGCUUGCUCGCCCUGUUGGGGAAGGGGUAGCUCCAGCUACACCAAGCCAAGGCAUGGGUGUGAAUUGGGGGAAAAUUCACUCCAUGGGCUGUUCCUGCUAGGCAGGAAGGAUGAGACUUUCCUCCCCUCCAAAAAGGCGUAUGAUAAUUGGUGUUUCUGAGCCGCAGGAGCAUUGCAGGGGACCUAGAGGACACCAAAAGCCAAAUAUGGAUCACCUGCUAUAGACAGCAGGAGCCCUGAGUAGAGCGAACAUUAGCCAGACCUGCCUAAAUUUAGUUAUCACAACGUUUGAUGGAUAAAACCAGCUGUAGGCAGGCCCCCUUUGCAGAAUGAAGGGAAGCAGGCACGUGCGGAGGUAUCUCUCCCUUUCCUCCUGGCUCAGCAACGCACCUCAAAUGGGAACUAGAUUCAUCAAAUGUGAGAGGGAACGAGCAACGCCUAUGUCUGCUGGAAACAGAAAAGCUGCUUUCAGCUUCUGGUCAAACAGGACCCCAGGAGACACAGCGAGGCCUUGGCAGCCGCUGUCCCUUGUCCCACGCGUCGCCCACAAAUGCUCCUGGCUGGAGUGCUUGGACACAUACUCCACAUACUCCAUACUGGGAGUAUGGGGGCGGGGGGGUGAGCGGUAAAAUCAGCCCACCUGGAGGAGUUGGGAAAUAAAAUCACCAUCCACGAGGUCUCGCACUGGGUUUCGUCACACUGUUUUUCUGAAUUGGGAAAAUGCCAGCGGCGCGAAAAAAAAAAAAAAGAAGCCAUUUAAAGUUUGCACGAGCUGCAGGGUGGGUUGCUGCCACCAGAGCAGCUCUGGGCACAGCUGUCACAGCUGGAUUCUUUCAGUGUUUCCUGCACUGCUUUGUAAUGAAGAGAUGCAAGGAAUAGAGAAAAAGUGCUUACUAAAGUGACUGCUGUUUUCUUGUGCCAAGAAGCCAAAAGGCAGCAACUCGAAGAAUCUUUCCCUUUAAUGCAGGCAGAAAGCACGUUACUUAAAAACAAGAGCAGAAGAGAAGAAACUCAGCUGACGCCCGGUGCAGGCAGGGGAGGAGGCUUCUCUGUUUGCAGCCGUGACUCGGUCAGGCUUAAGCAAUAUCCAAGGAAGGCAAGGAAAGGACAACAGGAGUAUUACCCCGCAGUACCUAACUGCUCCUUCCCUACAGCAUAAAUAAAGCUGUGACAGCCACAGCCUCCUCUCACGUUUCCUGCGAGCGCACUGGAGCCGGCCGCAUCCCCCAGCGCCUCUGUGUCCGGGACUGUCACCUCCCACCACCUCUGCUCCAGCCUCCUCUGCCACCACUCCUGGCUCUGUCCCUCACUUCUGUUUUGAUUCGGCUGACUUCGGGAAAUUCCCGAAAGCACCUGGGACGGUGGUGCAAGAGCAGGUGGUGGCAUUUGCUUCCGGCGGGGGGGGGGGGACAAGUGCCGACCCCCACGAAGGAGGUUCAUGAAAAAGAAAAUGGACUCCAAAAUGGACUCUAAAAUCUCGACUUUCAGUUCCUCUGGGCUCUCAGGGGGAUGGUAGGAGGAGGUGAGGAACCUGCAACUUCCAAGUAACGUUGCUUCUCCUGAUUUCCUGGAAAAAACCCACAGAUUUCUACGCCUGUCGAAAGGCUGUGCCGGGAGAGGGAGGGUCACAGACCCACGGGAAAAAUCCACCAGAGAAAGCCCAGUGGGGCAGAGUAGCGAGAAAUGUGUUUCCAGCUCUACUUUGCAUCCCCCUCCCUUGGAAAUGACGCUGGAUGUGCGUCCUCCUCCACGUGGACGAGGAGGACCAGGAUGGAUAUGAUUCUGCAGCAAAGCCAGGAAAUGAAAAACAACACCAGGGCGGUCACAUUGACCUCAUGCUUCCUGCCCAUAUUCUUACAUAAGUAAAAGAGGCUCCUAAAAGCCUGAUUCAGUCAUUCGACAUCCUAUCGUUCAUCUGACAAAAUGAGAACAGGCAACAGUGGAGAAGAAGCUGUCCUGCACAAAACUGCGUGGGACAAUUAUUUAAGCCAGCUCAGCCGUGGGGACGCAGCAGGCAGCCACUUGUCAAAUGUGACUUCAAACGUGGCAACAACACCCAUUGCAACCUUGCUGAAUACCAGAGGUGAUCCUGCCAAUUCGAGUGACUACUCUUACGAGUACUUGGAUGAGGCAGAUUACAAGCUGUAUGGCCUCUGCACGAAGGAAGCAGUACUCUCAUUUAGCAGAGUAUUCUUACCAGCAUUUUAUAGUGUGGUUUUCCUGGUUGGUUUGACUGGGAAUGUUCUCCUGUUUAUCGUUCUGAUUAUGUACAUCAGGAAGGAAAAGAAGAUGACUGAGGUGUAUCUGCUGAACUUGGUGGUUUCAGACUUUCUUCUCCUAAUAACCCUUCCUUUCUGGGCCCUGUACAUUUCUCAGUGGGUGACCUGGGACCUGUUCUGCCCACUCUUAAAUGCCAUGUACGCUGUGAAUUUCUACAGUGGUGUCUUCUUUGUGAGCUGCAUGAGCCUGGACAUGUAUCUGCAGAUAGUCCAUGCUUGCUCUCCUCGCAACUCAGUGACGUGGAGGAAGUCCUUCUUUAUCUUGUCAGUGGUUUGGAUCCUUUCCAUACUUCUCUCUAUACCUGAUGGCAUCUUCACAAACAUCAAGCAAAUCCACAACAAAACUGUCAUGUGCACUCAUGAUUACGGUCAGAAACACUUAUUUUGGAAAGUUGUUUUUCAGGUCAUUCAAAACAUCCUGGGCUUCCUUGUUCCAUUCCUCUUCAUGGUGUUCUGCUAUUCCCGCAUAGCGUGUGUCCUCACCACUUCUCCCAUCCCUGGAUCAAGGAGAGCACUCUGCUUAGUCUUUGCUCUGGUGGGUGUUUUCUUUCUUCUGUGGUCCCCUUACAAUGUUGUCCUCAUCCUUCACUCCCUGCAGGAUGUUGGUGUGAUCAGGAACUGUGAAAGCAGUAGGCAAUUGGACUAUGCCAUGCAGAUCACAGAGAGUUUGUCCUUUGUUCAUUGCUGUCUCAACCCCUUGCUCUAUGCUUUUGUGAAGAAACGAUUUCGGUUGUAUUUAUGCAAGAUCCCUAGGGCCAUUAUGAAAAGAAGUGGUUUCCUUGACAUGCAGCUUUCAGAAACAAGUCAGUCUUAUGCUGACAGAUAUGCUGCUCAGAUAGAAAUGUUCACUAUCACAAAUGCAUGAUACGGGUUUGCAUUACGCUGAAAGAAAUGCAUGAACAUGUAUGUCCUCUAUAUGAUGUAUUCUACUCGUCCUGGCCAUGUCGUGGAGUUGGUGUGAGCUCACAGCACUGGGUAACCAGAAAUCUCAUCUUAGAGCUAGCAUCAAGAUGAGCAUUGUCCUGCAUUUAUGGUCAUGGAAGAAGCCCAUUUUCUGUUGGGGGUAUGUAAAAGGUGAGGCAUUAGUGAAUGAAGGAGUAUUUUAUGUAGAUCAUGUGCACUGGAACCUUGUGCAGAGCCUCUUACUAGUAGAUCUCAAAGUAACUGAUCAAGGAGAGCAAUUUCAUGAUCCUCGCUGCACAGCCAGGGGAAGGAUUUCCUGGUGGCCAUCCAACAGGCCGGACAUAGGUGGCCAGAAGCCCAGUCUAGGGGGUUUUCCUCUGGCUUUUGACAUCUGCCGGGUAGAUGUGUUCAACCGAGCUGAUCCCUUUGUCUACCAAUAGACACCUUGGGAGGAAUUAGGCACUUUUAAGCUCUGAGUCAUCUGACCAAUUAUGGGUUUCUCCAUUAGGAUGAGCUGUGCCACGCUCAAAUCUAUUC